CUAAUAGGUACCUUUACACUUACACUCUUUCGCGUGGGGUUUGAACGGCGUUCCAAUCGUGCGGCCAAUAAUGCGCUUCAAGAACGUAGCGUUCCAAGAGUGUGUUACUAGAAAAAUAAAAAAUUCAACGUUCCAUUCGCGCAGACUUAACCGCGCGUAUAUAACGUAAAAGGAAAAACAUGUCAGUGUAAAGUAAAAAGUGUUGGUUAUCGCGCGGAUUUGACCGUUCUCCAGGCGUUUUAGAAAUUCUGAAAGGAUUGAUAUAAAAAAAUGUACAAAAUAAAGCAGCAUAAAUUAAAAGUGGCUCUUUGUAUGGCUGUACAAAUAAAUUUUAUAAAUAAUAAAAGAAAAAGAAGCAUAUGGGUGAAAAAAUGGAUGGAGGAUCGUAACAAAUAUGGUCACAUGCCACUAUUAAAAGAACUAAGACAAGAUUAUCCUAGUGAUUUUAAAAAUUAUCUUCGUAUGGACUUUGAUACAUUUAAUAUAUUAUUAGAAUUGAUCUCACCUAUUAUUUCUAAACAAAACACGAAGAUGAGAGAAAGUAUUAGUGCGGAGGAAAGACUAGCUGCCACAUUACGCUACUUAGCGACAGGUCGCUCCAAUGAAGAUCUUAAAUUUUCUACUGGAAUAUCACCAUCUUCCUUAUGCUACAUCAUACCCGAAACAUGCAAAGCCAUAUAUCAGGUUCUUAAAGAAACUUAUUAGAAGGUAAGUUUAUUAAAAAUAAAAACAUAAUUAUUUUUUAGCGAACAGCAAGUAGGUAUAUCUUAAAAAUAAAUGGUUUCGUAGAAAAAAAGAACAGUGAAAAGAACAACUUUAAAAAAGAAAAUAUUUGCUGCUAGGUAGGGGUUUUACCCAUCUAUAUUAUCUGCAGCAGUAUUAUAAAAAUCCACUAUAUUUGUUGAAGAGGUCUCGAUUGCUUGUUCUGUCACUGGUGGUGAUGUAACCUGCCACUGUUGAUCAGAUUCUUGCUCCGAAGGUGAUAAAACCUGCCUCUGUUGAUUACAGUCCUGGUCUGAUGGUGAUGUAAACUGCCAUUGCUGACCAGAAGAAUUUGAUAAUACCGUGUAUCGACUGCAGGAUGAAAUUGAAGUAUUUCGUGUCUCCUCUGUAUCCGACAGGGUUGUAGUACAUGUCAACUUUUUUAAUAAUCCUUGGGUCAUAACUUUAUUAACCAAUGCUUCGGCCAAAAUGGCUUGAGUGGAAUCCAUCCGUUUUAAUUUUUCGCUCCAUGAAAUUCCAACUACAUCAUAUUCACUAAUAACAUUGUUUGUCAUUUGCAACUGGUUUCUGCAAAAUUGCAUGAAUUCAGCAUUUUGUUUAUUAAAGUUGCUCUUGACUUUUUGCCUUGUGGUCACGUUUGUAGAUUUGGGUGUGGAAAGGGGUGGUUUUGAUUGUGAAGCAUGCGAAUUCUAAAAAAAAAUUAAAAGUAUUAUUUUAUUCCAGUUUCCAAAAACAAAAGACGAUUGGUGCCAAGUAGCAUCGGAUUUUAAAAAUCAAUGGCAUUUUAUAAAUUGUGGGGGAGCCCUUGACGGGAAGCAUAUACGCAUUGUUCCGCCUCCUCAUUCGGGAGCUCAAUAUUACAACUACAAAAACUUUUAUAGCAUCGUUCUACUAGCGCUUGUAAACGCAAAUUAUGAAUUUAUUUACAUCGAUGUUGGGAAAAAUGGAAGACAUUCCGAUGGAGGAAUUUUGGAGUACACAGAAUUUUAUGAUAAAUUGACAAAAGGUCAAUUACAUUUGCCGAAUAAUGAUGAAACGGAGAAACAUCUUAAUUACGUUUUCUUAGGCGAUGAAGCAUUUUCACUGCACGAAAAUUUUUUGAAACCGUAUCCUCAAAGAGAUCUAUCAUUGGAAAAUAGAGUUUUUAACUACCGUUUAUCCCGUGCACGCAAUGUUGUUGAGAAUACUUUUGGUUUACUAGCUGCACGUUUUCGAGUUUUACACACAGCCAUACACAUUACCGAUCCACAAAAUAUCACCUACGUGGUUUUGGCUAUUUGUGCUUUGCACAAUUUUCUUAUAAGACGCACGACUUCUUAUGCUCCUCCCAGAUCGUUUGAUCACGAAGAUUUGGCGACUCACGAAUUACAAAUGGGUGAAUGGCGGAAUAGCAGUACCGAACUUACCAGUUUACGAACAAGUACGCAAAAAAAUGUAACAAUAAACGCUAAAAGUAAUCGCGAGAAGUACAAACAAUAUUUUAAUUUGGAAGGAAAAGUUCCGUGGCAACUUGACAUGAUAAAGAAAGGAAAAGCUUAAUUUAUAUUAUUAUAACUCACCUGUGUUAAUAAAUUUUUUUUACGCCUGUGUCUGUGUUUUCUUGUAAUUCAGUAUCCUGAGAUUCACUUUCAUUAUUAUGCUCUUGUAGUAUUUGGCAUUCAUUAUUCUCUGCAUGUUCUCCUGCCCCAUUGUCACAUCCUGCCUCUAAUUCGUCCGUAUCCAUAUUGCUUAUACUAGCGGUUGGUAUUUCCUGAUCACUGGUAAAUAACAAUAGGUCGUAGUACCAUAAAGUGGGUAUGUAGACAUCAUCUGCCCCAGCUCCACUUCGCAUUGAUUCUGCCACCUUUUUUACUUUCUUGCGAAAAGAACCUCUGAAGCUUUGAAUCUUUUUUAUAACAUAGUCUUUAUUUGCCUCAGGAAAAAUGGUUUUGCAGACCUCUACCAAUUUCUCGUAAGCUUUAUUUUUUAGGUUUUUAUUUGUAUAGUCUUUUGACCUGACCUUCCAUAGACACGGAUACGAUUUAUAAACUUCAAUAAAAUGCCUUAUAAACUCUUUCGACCAGUACCUACUGUCUCCCAUGGC